GCCAAACCUCCAACUAUGUUAAUUAGAUUGUCACUUUGUCAAGAACACCGACUCAUGCACAGGUCUCUGUUCAUUUAGUCCAUACUGGAAAAAGAAAAAGGGUUUAAAGUUCUCCUUUCACAGCUUGACAGAUGGAUGUCAGACCUCAAAAUGCUGUGCUGUUUGCAACAACUGUUGUGGUGAACAUUAUUUGGUGGAUGCUAAUGAUGGCAGCUAUUGGACUGGGGGCCGCACAUCUUAACUACUGUCCUGUGCAACCUUACAUCCCCAUUUACCUGAUCGUUUUUGGAGCAAACAACAUCAUCUCUCUAACUGUAACUUACAACUGCAGCACCAACAAGGACAGCGCCAUCCACAUCCUGGGUUCGGUCUGCAUGGCCAUCCUGCAUAUCUUCAGCUUUGCCUGGUUAAUCGCAGGCACCUGCUGGGUUUAUUCUGUCUAUCCUCCAAACUACGAAAAAGAUCUGUACUGCGACAAGACAACCUACCAGUUUGCCUUUGUUAUCACCACAUUGCUGUGGGUCACAAUAAGUCUUGUGUUUAUCUGCGGCUGUUGCUUUGGUCUCAUCACCUGCUGUACAACUAUAGCUGCAGGACGUCGCUUGUUACCCAAUCGAAAUAGCUUCUAUGGUGCAAUAAGUAAUUUUCAGGGGUCAGCUGCUGGGGAUGUAUGAAUUAAAUCUGUGUUUAUGCCUGUGAGGGAUCUAAGCAUAGCAUUUUAUGAUACCUGCAAAUAGUUAGGGAUGUCAUUCUUGUACCUUUCUGAUGGUGACGACACUGAUUCUGGUCCUAUUGUUGAUGAUUCCUAUUUAUUUUAGUAAUGAUUCCUAAAGUUAUACACUAGGUUUAAUAGUGCUUGGCAGGUGCAGCCAGAAAUAUUUGACAAGCAUUUCUAAAAACUGCUACCAGAUUUUCAUUCUGACAGACUUCCUGUAAAUGCUAGAAGAAAGAUGACGUGCUUCACUAGAGAAAAAAAAAUUGCAUCAGUUUGAUUAAAAAUGUACUUUUUGUGAUCUAGAAGAAGCAGAUGAGACAUCACAUCCCAUUCAUACAAGAUUACAUGCUUCCUGUUUACACCAAAUGUCAUGUUUCAAAGCUAAAAAAGAUGUCAGACUAUCUAGUUCCUGCUCAUAUGGAUUCCGUUUUAAGAUGGAUAUUCUGAUUUGUAUUUAGCUCUUAUACCGAGUCUGACAAUGCGCCUCUUGAGAUGGUGCAGCUCUGCUUAAAAAUAAAACUUUCUAUAUUUACUUUAUGAAUUAUGAGAUGAAGGUUUGAUUACAAAAUGCUGGCUUUGAUGUUUGUAUUAUGUACAGUGACAGCAAUAACCUAUUAAAUAAGAAUGCUUCAGUGUGGUCAUGUUUCCUACAAAAAAAUGUUAACCAUGGAUUAGUUUUGAGCUAAUAUUGUAACUUAAGUGUGAAAAUUGUUCUGUAAAUGAGGCAGUUACACCCACAAAAUUGAAAGAGAACUAAUGUUGCUUCGCCUUUACCUGAAUGAGUUAGUGUGUUGUAAUAUAACGAGAGAGAGGUAGAGGUUUAAAAGUAGUACACAAGGGAUUGCAAGCUAAACUUCGUCAGCAUUACUGCAUUGUAACAUUUGUAAAUGUUCACUCCAUGUGAAAUUAUUUGUAUCAUGAUAGUCAAGUGUGAUUUCUAGCCUAUUAAAUGUGCAUCCAUAGUAUCCUAUAGUUCACACUUCUCACAUAGCAAGCUUUUUUUUUUUUUUUUUUUACUGAUUUCAAAACAAAGUCUUCACAAAUUUCCUGCUACAGUUGAACUUAUUACAGGGAGAAAUUAGUGGCCCGUUUUAUUAGAAAGACACGAAAUACAGCGACAUGUUUUAAAAGACAGAAAUAAACAAAACUGAAAACAAAUCUGUGCAGCAUGUGGAUAAACUGAUAGAG